UCGAAAGGGUCAAGAAGACAAAAACUAAAGCUGCAAGAAACAGGAGAGAGAAAAAGGAAAAGGAACAGGCACACACAUGGGACGCCUGCGUCAAAGAGCGACUGAGUGUGUGAAGUUACAGUUACAGUCGGAUCUGGCGGAGUUUCACAUAUCAGUUAGAUUUAAAAACCCUGGAGCCUCGUCAGAGAGCAUGAAGGUCACUGGGACCAUCCUGUAACUGGAGUUCACUCAUCGCAGCACAGAGACCGAGCAUUUAAACAACACAAUGGUGACACCGCUGCAAACAAACACAACAGAUUCGGGACUGUCAGUCCCUUACCCAUCACCACCACAGCCUGAGCGAGGCAGGACUCAGUGUUCGAUCUGCACAGACAGAGCCACAGGUAAACAUUACGGUGCCUCCAGCUGUGAUGGCUGCAAGGGCUUCUUCAGGAGGAGCAUCCGCAACAAUCACACUUACAACUGCAGGUUCAACAGUCAGUGCACAGUGGACAAAGACAAAAGGAACCAGUGUCGUUACUGCAGACUGCAAAAGUGUUUCAAGGUUGGAAUGAGAAAAGAAGCUGUUCAGAAUGAGAGAGGCUGCAUCAACAGUCACAGAGCCAAGGGACAGACAGUGGGCACUCUGUCCAUCACUGUGCUCCAGCGAGCAGAGGCCAGCGUGACACAGUUUCCAGCUCCAGUCUCACCCAGGAGUCAUGACAUCAACACCAAGAAGAGAGCCUGUGUGGGUGACGUGUUUCACUCCAUGAAGCAGCAACUCCUCCUGCUGGUGGAGUGGGCAAAACACAUCCCAGAGUUCUGCAGCCUCCCUUUGGAUGACAGGGUAACCUUGCUACGAACCCACUCUGCAGAGCAUCUUAUUCUAGGGGCAGCAAGACGCUCUUUACCUUACAACAAUCUCAUUCUUCUAGGCAACAACUUUGUGAUCCCCCUGAGAGAUGCACAGACAGAGGUGUCCAGAGUGGCUUUCAGAAUCCAAGAGGAGCUGGUCAAACCUCUCAGAGAGCUGGACAUCGCAGACACAGAGUUUGCUUGCCUCAAAACCAUUGUCUUCUUCAGCCCGGAUUGUCCCGGUUUGGAGAAUCCUCAGUUUGUUCGACAUCUGCGUUUCCAGGCCCAGCUGCUGCUGGAGGAGGCGACCUGUGAGCAGAGGGGAAGGUUCGGGGAGCUCUUGCUGAUCCUGCCCGCCCUGCAGAGUGUGGCCUGGCAGAUGGUGGAGACUCUGCACUUAGCACAGCUGCUGGGUGAAGCCAGAAUGGACAGCCUGUUGCAGGAGAUGCUUCUGGGAGAAGGAGCCAAGACAGGACGUGAAAUGAGCACAGCUCUUGCAGGUGGUUCUCCUGCUGCCCACGCAGACUGGCACUAAGGUGCACAGACACACCAAUGCUGCCAACGUGCCCACGACAUAUACCAGAGGCACCUGUCCGCAAGAAAUGUCAAAAAAACAACUUGUCCAAGGAACAGAAGAAUGUUAUGAGCUGGAAACAACACACACUACAAUAUUCACACUCAGCCACAUUGUACAUGCACGUACUAGUACCAUCCCCCACUACUGUAUAAAAAAUGCUUUAUUUACUUGUUUCCACACGAUUGAUGUUAUAAUCAUUCCUAAUUGAAUUAUGUAUCUUUGAGUGUAAUAUUGUGCAUUUAUCUAAGACAAGAUGUAAAUCAGGUUUUCACCUGUUCUACCUUUCACACAAGCAAGUGAAUCAGUGGAUCAUUAAUACUGAGCUCAUUGUAAGACUGUAAAUUAAAGUGUCAGACAUGUGCAACUGGUACAUUGCACUGAACUGUAACCAAACACAAUUCACUCAUUGCAACACACAACAUUAUGAUUUCAUUGUUAUCUAGUGCAACACCCAACACUUUUCAGCAGAGGGCACCAAAAGCCUGUUCGGAAACAUAUUUGUUGGCCCAAGUGGGAGUUGACGUUGCAAGAGUCAGGAUCUAAGUAAAAAACAGAGAGAGUAGCAUUUUGAUUUAAUGAAAAGUGUCAUCAUUCUCGAGGAUCUGAAAAUAUUGUAAUGAAGAAACCACCUGCUGUCUACCUGUAGCUUUUCCAUCAAGCACAGCGUCCACCUGGAUUCUCAGCUAUUCAUCUUUCAUUCAACAGUGCAGGAGCUGAAAGGAACUGCAAUGCCUCAAUAUCACCUAAUGACAAAAGUGUGUUCUGCUUAAUGAAACCCUCUCUCUCUGUCUCUACUCUGCUUUCAUUUCUUAA